AUGGGCGACAAACGACCUCCUUUCUUUCGCUUGACCGACGAUGAUCAUGGAGGCGUUGGCGUCGUGGCAGCUUUAUCUACUAUCAUUAUUUCUCUGGCAGUAUCAGGUAUCCGAGGCGUGGUAGCAGCUCGACAGAGAGUUGGGUUUCGGGGUGAUGAUGUGACGUUCUAUGUGGCUUCAUUCUUGGCCGUGUCGAGUUCAAUAUGUCUUUAUAGAGCGGUCUUGUCCGGUCUCGGAAAACGAAUGAACAACCUUACUCCGCAAGAAAUAGAAUCCUUCUAUACACUAGUCUACACCUCACAUCUACUCGCCAUUCUAAGCAUGACCUUUUCCAAAAUCUCUGUAGUAAUGCUUCUCAAACGCAUCGCCCAAAGCGUUUCCUCCCGCUUCAACUUCUGUCUUAUCAUUGUCACUAUCUGGGGAACCUUCUCGUUUUUCGCCAUCGCAUUUCAAUGCCAACUGCCCAACCCAUGGAUGUACGUCCCUUCAAAAUGUAACACGAAAGGCUAUCUCCAGUAUCCAGUCAUUGGACUCAAUAUUCUAACUGAUAUAUUGCUGGGUACGGCGAUUUUACCGACGAUUUGGAAGUUGAAUGUGGCGAGGGCGACGAGGGUGACGGUCAUGGUUUUGUUUGGGCUGAGGCUUGUUGUUUCUCUCCUCGCAAUAGUUGAACUGAUCUCUGUGGCGAAUUCCCUCGCAAGCCCUGAUCAAUCAUGGGUCUCUCUCUCCCGCUUCAUCUGGAUGAUCCUCGUAACCCACACCUCCCUAAUAACAGCCACAAUCCCCCGCACCCACUCCUUUUGGGCCUCCCUCCAAACCGGCAAAGCCAGCACUGCAAUCACAGACCAAGAAUACGAACUCUCUUCCCCACAAAACUCUCGACAAUACGCUUCGGCCAGAAUCCGUAACUUCAUCACCUCGUCCCGCAAUCACACCAUCUCUCGCAACCAUACACCGCGGAGCAAAGGCGCAGAACCGUUGAGUUCGAGGGAGGGAAGUAGGAAUUCCAAUGAGCCGCUUAGAUUGGUACCGCUUUAUGAGGCGAGACUUGGGACACGGGUAUAUAGUGACAGAGGUGAGAGGGGAAGGCAAAGGGGAAGAGAGGGGGAAGGGGGUGUUUGGAGGGAGAGUGAGUUUGCGGUUGAGGUUGAGUAUGUGGAGGGGGUGAGGGGGGUUGAGAGGGUUUAG